AUGGGCCCGAAGAACGCGUGUAGCUACGCGGAUCUCGCGAUGGGCAUUAUCGAUGAAGGAGCGAAAUCCGGUGAAAUUAAACCUAAUUUAUGGUGGCGUUACCGGGACGAUAUUUUCGAUCUCUGGACACAGGGUACUGCCAAACUUCUCGAAUUUACUGACUUUAUCAACUCGUUAUACCCCACAAUUAAAUUUACGCUGGUUUACUCGGAAAUAUCACUAAAUGUUUUAGAUCUUACCCUCACGCUAGUUGAUGGUCUCAUUCGGACAGACGUAUACUCAAAACCCACCGAUAAUCAUCUCUACUUACAACGAAAGAGUGCACACCCAGAUCAUUGCAUCAAGGCAAUUCCCUUUGGAGUAGCUACGAGAUUAAGAAGAAAUUGCUCAACAGAAGAAGAUUUUGAUAAACGCAGCAAAGAAUAUCAAAAGUACCUAACAAGGAGAGGAUACCAUCCGAAUAAUGUACACAAGCAAUUCAACAAAGCGAAGUCAAUUCCCAGAGAGGAACUACUGCAACAUACCAAGAGAGAGAAGAGAAUUUUAUUUCCGUUGGUU